GCUCGUACGGAGGACGGUGAAACAUGGUGAAGAUAUGAACGCGUUACUAACUUUGCGCGUGUAGCAGCGGCGUGGCUCGUUUUGGUGGUUAAACGUUUAUCUGACCGGCCCCUCGCCGAGCCCGGGCCCCGGCGCACGGAGCGCUGAAGCAAAUGAAAGCGUUGUUUGGUUUCGAGCCGCCGAACAAAGAGCUUUUCUUCCCUCAACCAUUGUUUCCGAGCGGGACGCCUCAAACUGGUUCCGACGUGGUUUCGGACGGUUAAAGUGAGGGGCGGCCUGUGCUCCAGUCAUGACCCCUGGGAAUGGGAACACUCACAGCAGCCAAGACAACAGAGAGAGCAAAGCAGCCCAGCAGGCGAUAGACACGUCCCACAUCCUCACCCACCUGAUCGAAGGCUUUGUGAUCCAGGAAGGUGCCGAGCCAUUUCCUGUGGAGCGUCCGUCCUUCUCCAUAGAGAGUCUCAGGAGACGCACGGCAGACGUAAAGAUGGACGGUCGUUCAUCAAAGUGUAAAGACGUACCGGCCCAGCAGGAGCCCAUGCUGACCUGUGAACUCUGUGGGAAGGUGGACUUUGCCUACAUCUUCAAAAGGUCCAAGAGGUUCUGCUCUACAGUCUGCGCUAAACGCUACAAUGUGGGAUGCACAAAGAGAAUGGGUCUCUUCCCAAACCGUAAAACCACCCUGGAGAACCUGAAGAGGCAAAGAGUCCUGAACGGAACCCACAAAGACUCCAGCGUGGACCUGAAAAAGAGGACCCCGCCCUCCUUGCAGAAACCCGUGGCUGCUGCGGCGCCAUCUGCUGGCCACUCUGUGCACCCCGCUCAGGGGGAGUCCAGUCAGUGUUCGGACCUGUCGGGCUAUAGGAGAACCCCGUCUCCGCUGUUGCCCUCCCAGGUCCAGAGGCAGACCCCUGAUCUGCCCCUGCUACCCCACAGCUUCCUGCCCAGCGGCCCGGGGCUGUGGAACAUCGAAGAUGUCUACGAGUUCAUCUCCACCCUGCCAGGUUGUUUGGAGAUCGCAGAGGAAUUCCGCUCCCAGGAAAUCGAUGGACAGGCGCUCCUGCUGCUGAAGGAGGACCAUCUCAUGGGAACCAUGAACAUCAAACUGGGCCCAGCUCUGAAAAUCUUUGCUCAGAUCAGCCUGCUGAAGGACUGGUAGUUCAUCUCACUCGGACUUCCUCUGAUGGCAGCGCCGCGGCGUUCCGGCGCCACUCACUCAGGAUCUUUGGAUUUUCAUCCAGACUGGCUGACUUCAAGGACCGAGACUCUUCAGCUCACCUUACAGUUUCAGGAAAAUUCGAGUCCGUGUUUGGAUACGCGUGGACGUACGUAUGUAGGCACGUAGUUUCUUAGGUAGGAUUCCUUCCUGCUCCGGGUCAGAUCCGGGUUUCUUUAUAAGGUCAGAGGUCAUUGUGCAUACAGAAUCAUGCUGAGGACAAACCAAUGUCCCACGAUGCACAUCUAGACCAGACCGCAAACAGGACGUGAUGGUCCUGAAGAACGUCUCCUGCUUUAGCUUCUGAUAGAAAACAGACGGUGAAACUCUAGGAU